AUGGCGUCCCCGCCCAAGAUCGGCUUUUUAGCUCCGGUCCCACGCACGAACGUCCAAGCAAACGCUCUCCGCACCGCGACCUCGGCUGGAAUCAUCGCCGACUUCCAGGUGCGCAGGAGCAAGAUCAAAGCCUAUUACGACUACCUGCGCAACGGCGCGCCAUACGAUCUCACUCCCGAGCAGCUGGCCGACAUUGAUCUCCACCAGAGGAUUGCGAUGUCAGAGCUCAAUGAGGAGCUGGACUGGAAGAUUGCCAGCAUCUAUAUGGACAGCGGUCUCCCUCACCUUCUGGAGCCAGCACCGACAACUGAAGCUGCCCAGAUGGCCGCCCAGGCUGAUCAGCCUCAGCUUCAAGAGCAGGCACGUAGGGGUAAGCAGCCUGACAAGGAGCAGGCCAGUCAUCCCAAGAAUAUGCUUCCUACUGUUCCCUUCCCAGCCAUGGGUAUCGAUGCUAAGAUCGACCUUAACCCUUCGCCUGGAACCCUUCAGACACAGAACAAGAGCCGCAAGAAUAGGCGCCGCAAGAGUCGCAAGUGA